AUGGCGACUACGGUGGACAGUGGUCGUGGUGCCGUGUCCGACAUGACAAGCAUGGAGUCGAGGACGAGCAACCCCGUCGGCGGCACGGCGAGCGACACCGUCCGCAAACUAGUUGUGGUGCUCGCGCAAAGACGGUCGACAGAGGAGGAGAAUGCAGUGCCCGCGCCAUGGCCUUCGGCUUCGAGCAUCUCCUUCUGCUUGACCUCGAACCAGGCCCUCGUCUUGUCGCUCAUCUUCGACAAGUCCACGCUCAUGAUCGCAAGGGCCACCUCCUUCGCUUUGGUGGCGGCAUUGGUGGCCUCGGCCGGGGUGCGGUACGCCAUGGAGGCGCCGCAGACGUACGUGGCGUCCAACGUGGCCGGCCUGGUGAGCGUGUUCGAGGCGGCCGCCAAGCACGCCGACCCGCAGCCGGCCGUCGUCUGGGCCUCCUCCUCCUCCGUCUACGGGCUCAACACCGACGCGCCCUUCUCCGAGGACCACCGCACCGACCGACCGGCGUCGCUCUACGCGGCCACCAAGAAGGCCGGCGAGGCCAUCGCGCACGCGUACAACCACAUCUACGGCCUCUCCAUCACCGGCCUCCGCUUCUUCACCGUGUACGGGCCCUGGGGCCGCCCCGACAUGGCCUACUUCUCCUUCGCCCGCAGCAUCGUCGCCGGCGAGCCCAUCACGCUCUACGCCGACGCGCGCCGCGACUUCACCUACAUCGACGACGUGGUCAAGGGCUGCGUCGGCGCGCUGGACACCGCCGGCAGGAGCACCGGGUCCGCCAGGUCGGGCAAGAAGAGCGGCCCCGCGCCGCUGCGCGUGUACAACCUGGGCAACACCUCCCCGGUGCCGGUGACCCGGAUGGUGGCCAUCCUGGAGAAGCUGCUGGGGAAGAAGGCGAACAAGCGCAUCAUCGCCAUGCCCAGCAACGGCGACGUGCCCUUCACCCAUGCCAACGUGAGCCACGCGGCGCACGACUUCGGGUACCGCCCCACCACCUCCCUCGACGCCGGCCUGCGCCACUUCGUGGACUGGUUCGUGCAGUACUACAAGCUCGACAUCAAGAUCGCCAAGCCGUCCACCACCAGCAAGAAGCCGGCGACAGCGACGAAGAAGAAGGCCUCGACCAUGUCGGCGGCGUCGUCGUGA